GCAGGCCGCGGCGCCCUGCGGAGCGGGAUGGAGAAGCGAGGCCGAGGCGCGAAGCCCUCGACCAGCCAGGCCCCUCCUGCGCAACCGUCGCCGGGGCCCCGGAAGGAGCGGAGACCGAGCAUGUUCGAGAAGGAGGCAUAUGCCCAGAUCUUAAGAGAAAGACUAAGAGAAUCUUUCCAUGAUGUUCAGUAUGUGGAACCACCAUUUGAUGACUCUAUCGCUGAUAUAGGUAAAGAAUGGAAGAGUGCCCUGGCAAAAUUAAAGUUUGCUAAUUCAUAUAGAAUGGAGCCACUGAAGAAAUUCCAAGCUCAUUCAGUAGAAACCAAAGUCCAGCAAAUAUUACAGGAACAACUUAAAGAUGUCAAAUAUGAUGAUAAACUCUUCUCUCAUUUGUCACUUGAAUUGUCAGACCGAAUACUGUCAACAGUCAAAGAAUUUGGGUACCACCGUUAUAAGUUCAUUAUAAAAGUAUUAUUUAUUCAGAAGACUGGUCAAGCAAUCAACAUUGCCAGCAGAUGGAUCUGGGAUGUUGCUUGGGACAGCUGGGUAGAAGCGAAACACGAGACGGAGUCCUAUGUGGCACUGGCCUUGGUGUUUGCUCUCUAUUGUGAAUAGCUCCUUGACCUGCAAAGCAGUGUUCUCC